AUGAUGCCUGAUGAAGUUGAAGCCUCAACGUCAGGUGACGGCUUAAGCACAUCCUGCGUGGCAGAUGUCCUUCAUGAGAGUGACAUAUUAGAAGUAAGAGCAGAACCAACAGCUCACAUUGCGGCCUCUUCGGUAGCAACUUCUUGUGACAGAGGCACUCAAAAGCCCCCAGUACGCCAAGUACCCUACAAGGAGUUGUCCGACCCGGCACAAAGGCUUGUCAGGGCUGACGUCAUUGAGUUGAUGAAAGAUGAAGUAAUGAAAACUGUUCAUUUUGUGCCAGAAGAUAUGUCAGAAUUUAUGAAUGAAUUACUUCAAAACAAGAAUUUCUGUUCAGUAUUUGGGCUUGAUGUGGACAAUCAAGACAUUUGCAAUAACCCGACCAUGCAAUCUCUUGUGAAAGAGUAUAGAGCUUGUAUGGACAAAGAACAGAAAAGAGAAGCAAGAAGGAGGUCCUUAAAACAAACAGGCAAGAUUUGCAUUGGUAAUUCACUUAAAGAUUCACGUGUUACUCUCACGGGUGAAAAAACACCAGAGCACUUCAAGGACAGGGUUAGUGCUGCAAAUUCCAUUGGCAGACUAACUUGUUAUGCAGAUGAGAGACGAAGACUUUUGUCCAUUGUCGCCAUGGACUAUCCGUACAGCAUGUUGCAAGAAUUGUUUCACUGUUCUUCAAAGACAGUAGCGGCGGCAAAGGUCCAUUGUAUUUUGUUUGGCCGUGGUGGAACCCCUCCAGCAAAAUUCAAAUUUACAAGACAAUGUGUCAGUCCUGAUGUGGUGAUGGAACUGUCUGAAUUUUUCAACAGAGAGAGUGUUUCAAGGCCUUCUUCCUGCAGAAGUGUAAUAACAGAUGGCCAGGAAACACCUGUCAGGUAUUGGAAGGACAAUGUUAAAGAGAUUGUCAACCAAUAUCUCCUGGAAUUCCCCAAUGGCGUGAAGCGCACUUUUAUUUACACACACCUUCCACCCAAUUUCCGCUACAUCACCAUGCUUGCAGGGCUUUGCAAUCUCUGUGAUGAGUUUGGACAUUCAAAUUUUGAGAAGUUUAUGACUUUGCUUGGCAGUGUCGAAAGAGCAACAAUGGUGUCUGUUAAGGAUUUGAGGGAAAAAUUGUUGCAGCACCAACGCUUCAUGAAGACCCAGUUUGCCCACCAGGUGCAGAGGCAUUCUCCAUGCUUAGAACUCUGCAUGACCAAUGCAUUUGCCUCCUGUUCGCAUCCUCAUGACAGGUUUUGCCCAGAUGCUUGUGGCAUUUAUGAUGUGUACAAGCAAGUGCAGAUGCUGUUGUCAAGUGUGCCAAGUGAGGGUGAAGAAGAUUGCCUAAGGAAAGAAGUGGAUGAUCUGAUGCAAGUUCAUACUCAAUACACGGCACAUCUGUUACGGACACGUCAUCAAGGAGAGUACUAUAAGUACAUUCUGGACAACCUGCAGGCUGGUGAAGCUGUUGUAGUUGUCGACUACAAAAUGAAAUUGGAGUUAGGUGUUAGAACGCGAGAAAUCCAGAGAGACUGGUAUGGGAAGCGUGGAAUUUCCCUACACGGCUUCCUUGCCAUUGCCCAAGUUAGUGAAACAGAGAGAAGAACAGAGGUGAUUGAUCUCUGGAGUGAGGACACCAAGCAGGAUGCUUGGUUUAGCCAGAGUGCCAUGGACGUGUGUUUUCGCUGGAUGGAGAAGGAGUUCCCUGGCUUUCGAGUAUAUUUAUUUUCUGGUGAGUAUUCAUAUUAGUAAGACUAUUUACAUUUGUAUAGGUAAUAGCAUGAUUUGUAGUGAUAUUUGGCAUAAAUACCACGAGUCAUACUUCAAAAUUGUUGUACGUAAUUUUGAGACAAUUUUGAAAUAUCACAAGUGAUAUUUAUGCCAAACAUCACAUACAAAUCAUGCUAUUAUUUGUUUAUACUACUACCCGCAAAAGGUUUGUAAUUUUCACAUGUAGGCAUUUCAAAGCUGAAAUACCACUGCUCUGAGCCAAUUAAAUUGCAGAAAUUUCUCUUGUAGUAGUAUAAAGAAAGGAAAUACAAUAUUGUAGUAUAGUAGUAAUUUGUGUCAGUUUGGAACAGUGAAUGGAAAAUACACUACAGUAGUCAAACUGUAAAACAUUCCUUGUGUCUUAAUCAGCUAUAACUUCCACCUGAGUUAUUAAAAAAUUCCCGAUGGGAUACAUUGUAUCUACAUCUAAGGGAACUGUCACUCCUUUACAACCAAGUGAACCUGCAGAAUCUGCUUUUGAGUAUCCAUUGCAUUCUUCUAGGUCUAUUUGGGGCAGCACAUUUUUUUGGACUAAGUGUUACUAGGACAAAAGGGAUUGUGGACUCAAAACACAAGCUAUAAAACUGAAUAUUUAAACAUUAUCAUUAUAAAGACUGAGUACCUAAUAUUGUGAAAAUCUUUUCGUCAUUUAGACAAUGGCCCACACUACCACAAUACAGGGUUCAUCCUGUAUUUAGCAGAAUUAAGCCAAGCAUUCCAGCUGACUUUGGUGGAGUAUAACAAUUUUGAGGCUGGUGAAGGGAAGUCAAAGCUGGAUACCCACUUUGCCCAUAUCAGUCAUAAAAUUGUUCGAUGGGUCAGAGUGGGCAACAAUUUGGAAACAGGAAGUCAAUUGGGAGACCUUAUAGGGGUAUGUAUGUUUGACUUGUGUAGCAACUCUCUAAAAGCACCCAUCAUAUUUUCCAAUGUUUGAAUUAUGCCAUACCCUCUCUCUUUUUUAAGGGGUAAUCCUUCCCCUCCCUCUAAUUAUGUUCCCCAGUUAUGAGUAUAUUUUUGGUUAGCAUUCAGUUAUUUUCUCGUCUGCAUUUUUUUGUGUAAAUGUCUGUAUUAAACCUGCAAUGUUCAACACUUUGUAUGCAACACAAUGUGAUGAAAUUUGGAAUAAUACAGUGACACUAAAGCUUACAACUUACAAACACUUCAAAGAUANAUUUGGAAACAGGAAGUCAAUUGGGAGACCUUAUAGGGGUAUGUAUGUUUGACUUGUGUAGCAACUCUCUAAAAGCACCCAUCAUAUUUUCCAAUGUUUGAAUUAUGCCAUACCCUCUCUCUUUUUUAAGGGGUAAUCCUUCCCCUCCCUCUAAUUAUGUUCCCCAGUUAUGAGUAUAUUUUUGGUUAGCAUUCAGUUAUUUUCUCGUCUGCAUUUUUUUGUGUAAAUGUCUGUAUUAAACCUGCAAUGUUCAACACUUUGUAUGCAACACAAUGUGAUGAAAUUUGGAAUAAUACAGUGACACUAAAGCUUACAACUUACAAACACUUCAAAGAUACUAAACCAUGAAAGUAGAGCUCCUCUCCAGUGUAGAAAAUGAUGAAAGUGUUAGUAACCGUAUUGUACAAUUUUUGUCAGUCAAACCCAAUUUCUUUAUUAUUAUUUUUCUUGUUUACCUGAGUAAACUGCAAUGGUCACUUCAAAAUAAUUGCAAUAAAUUAAUUAAAUUGUUAUCAUUAAUUCAUCACAAACGAGAAUAAAGUGAAAUUAAUACACUUAUUUUAAUUCUAGCACAAGCAUUGCCAUCUUAUUAUUAUUAUUAUUACAGUCUACUCCCAGUAACUCGAACCCUCCAUAACUCGAACCUCCCGCUAACUCGAACCAAUUUUCUUUUCCCUUCCAAACAGUUUCCAUAUAAUUUUACACUCGAUAACUCGAACUUUUUUCUGUUUCCCUUGAAGGUUCGAAUUAUCGGGAGUCGACUGUAUUAGUAUUAUUAUUAUUAUUAUUAUUAUUGUUAUCAUUAUUAUUAUCUAGUAUACUAAAAAAGAUUUAAGGGCUUACUGGGGGAUGGAUGGUUUUGAGUGCUUGGCUUGGUAAUUACUUCUAACAUUGUGCCUUAGCUGCUUCCUAAUGUGACAGUUCCUUGUUUGUUUAAUUUUGCAGUCAAUGAAGAAUGUGACUUGUAGAAAACUCCUCAUCGACAGAAGCAAGGCACCAGAAAAGUGA